AGUUUAACGAAAUGCAUAUAAAUUGUUUGGAUUGAUCAUACAUUGUUGUUAUUUUUCUUAUUCUUUACAUAGGUAAAUCAACAAGAUAUUGGUUACAUAGAUAGCUUGAUGUUGUUUGUUAAAGAUUUAGGACCCACUGCCCAAAAUAUAGCUAAAAGGAAAUUACUUGGAUGUGAAAUUCGAACAGCAUCUACUUCUGUUCCAUGCAGACCAGUUACUUCUAAUACAGUCAUUACCUCUGCCGUGAUGUCUCAGUAUCCUUUGGAUCCAUUUCCUGGUAAUCCUAAUGACAUAACAAGCCCCAGGGAAAAUAUUAGUGGAAGGGAAAAGGUUGAAGGUACACUGAAUGUGGAAAAGGAGAAAGGUUGUAGUCCCUUACAUGGUAACACUUUGGGAUGUCACAAGUGGAAGUGGUCCUUAAGGGAUAAAGAUUUCACAAACCAGAGAUUUUGUUUUGAUUCAUGCCAUUCACGAGCUCGUGCCGAAGAUUUUACUUGCUUAGAUCAAGGGUCCAAAGAAACUGGUUAUAAGUUUGGGAGGAUGUUAUUAGACAGCUCAAAGAUGGUUAAUCAAGAAAAUCUGUCUGUGUCAAUCCUGGAGAAUUCUCAAGCUAGUAGUGUGAUGGAAUCAAGGUUGGAAAACAAUUGCGAGUUUCAAUUGCUACCUUUCGCCAUGGAAAGUAGUGAUGCUUCAUUUUUGGUUCAAGAUUAAUGCCAGAUGAAAAGCAAUUUCAUGUUUAGGCCAAAGUGUGUAACGGUGAUCAUGAAGCAGUGUGUCCAACCAAUGAAAUUAGUUGCUCAUCUGAGGCCAAGAGGAUUUUAAAAUCAGACCAAACUGUGCCGAUGGUUUCUAGUUUUGUUUUCAAUCUUCCAUAUUUGAAGACACGACUUGAUCAGAUAAAUUCUUCAGAGCAAUAUAGUUUUUUACAGCAGGAUUCUUGCGACAAAAAGAGACCCUUUUCUGCUCAAGUGAGUUAUCAGGGAGACACUGCUCUCUGCAGUCACAAUCUGAAUAACACUAAUCAUUGAAUAAUCACUCUUGGCAUUAUGAGAUUCAACGUCUUCGCGGUUGUCUAAUCCUUUUUGAAGAGUUGAGGGCCACAUGGAAAUUCAUGCUGUGUGUUAGAAUAGCUAGGCCUUACCACUUUUUCGAGCAAGACCAUAUAUGCAUGUUAAUUAUUUAGUUAUUAUACCAUCAGUUAAAGCAUGUAUUGGUGGUUUGUUGGAAGGGAAUGCUAUUGUUAAUUUUCUCUCUUUGCUGUAAAUGGUGAAGGCAAUCCAUCUUUCAGGAGGAAAUACAAGUCUUUCAAUGCUCUUUUUGCAUGAUAUAUAUUAUUUUUAGCAAAUUUGAUUGAUAUAGACUAGUUAGUUAUGAUGCUGGUUUGCUUCAUCCCAUGUACAUUUUGUAACCUUAAGCUACCAAUU